AUGGGCGAGUCAACGCAAAAGAAGCGCUAUGCCAUCGUAGGCACCGGCGGCCGAUCGGGCUUCUUCUACACAGCCAUUGCAAAGGACUACAGCAGCACUUCAGUCAUCGUCGGUCUCUGCGACACGAACCAGACGCGCAUGAACUAUGCCAACUCAAAAUUGAAAGAACUCGGCCACGGCGAGGUCCCGACCUACAUCGCAGCCAACUUUGACCAGAUGAUCAAAGACACCAAGCCGGACGAGGUCAUUGUCACAACCAUGGACCGUACACACAACAUCUACAUCGUCAGAGCAAUGGAGCUAGGCUGCAACGUCGUCACCGAGAAGCCGAUGACCAUCGACGCGCCGCGGUGCAGGGAGAUCUUCUCGGCCGUCGAGCGGACAGGCCAAAAGGUGCGCGUAACGUUCAACUACCGUUACGCGCCGCACAACACAAAGAUCUUUGAGAUUAUCAAGUCAGGCGCCAUUGGCAAGGUGACGAGCGUGCACUUUGAGUGGAUGCUCAACGAGAACCACGGCGCCGACUAUUUCCGCCGCUGGCACCGCGACAAGCGCAACUCGGGCGGUCUCCUCGUGCACAAGUCGACGCACCACUUUGACUUGGUCAAUUUUUGGCUUCAAACGAGACCACAGACGGUAUACGCCCAGGGCGACCUCAAGUUCUACGGACGAGAAAACGCCGAGGCGAGGGGCGUGACGAAGUUUUAUACCAGGGCGCACGGGAGCGAAGCGGCGAAGGACGACCCAUUUGCACUGCAACUGGACCAGAACCCGCAGCUCAAGGCGAUCAUCGAGGACACAAUGAACCUGCUCAUCCGAUACCGCAACGGCGCGGUGAUGACAUACUCCCUCACGGCAUACGCGCCGUGGGAGGGCUUCCGCGUCAACUUCAACGGCACGGGUGGUCGCCUUGAGGUCGAGGUCGUGGAGAAGAGCUACGUGAACUCUGGAGGUAGCCAAGCUUUGGAGGGCGCGAUUGAGAAACGGACGAUGCUGCUUCGGCCGCUGUUCGGUCCUCCCCAGGAGAUCGAUCUGGGCGAGGCGAAGGGUGCUCAUGGAGGUGGAGAUCUCGUUCUGCUUGCGGAUCUGUUUGGUGAGCCGGUGUCUGACGAGUACAUGCGAGCGGCUAGUCAUAUUGAUGGUGCCGCAUCAAUCUUGACUGGUAUUGCUGCCAAUCGGUCACUGGCAACCGGACAAGCUGUUAAUGUCGAUGACAUCCUGGUGGUGCCCGAGAAAUAA